AUGAAGUAGAUGGUGGUGGCCUUGACCAGCCUCCAGCUCUUGGAGGCCACAGAGGUCAAAGUCCCCCUCAGGAAACGAGAGUCCAUCCUGGACACCAUGAAGGAGAAGGGCUUACUGGGGGGGGUUUUCCUGAGGACCCCCAGGCACGACCCUGUGCAGAAGUACCACUUUGGCGACCUUGGCAUGGUCUAUGAGCCCCUGGCCUUCCUGGAUAGUCUCUACCUUGGUGAGAUCAGCAUUGAGACUCCUCCGCAGAACUUCGUGGUCCUUUUUGAUACUGGUUCCUCCAGACUGUGGGUGCCCUCUGUCCACUGGCAGAGCCAGGCCUGCACUGGCCACUCCCACUUCAACUCCAGCGCGUCCUCCACUUACUCUGGGAACUGGCAGAUCUUCUCUGUGCAAUACGGCAGUGGCAGCCUCCAUGGCACCUAUGGCUGUGACACUCUGAGGGUCCAGACCAUCCAGGUCCCCAACCAGCAGUUUGGCCUGAGCAAGCUUGAGCCAAGUCUGUAUUUCCUCCAUGCAAAGUUUGAUGGCAUCAUGGGCCUGGCAUUCCCUUCCCUGGCAGAAGGCAGGACCACCACACCCCUGCAGGGCAUGCUGCAGGCGGGCGUCCUCUCCAGCCCAGUCUUCAGCUUCUACCUGGGCAGGCAGAUGAGUCCUCGAAAAGGAGCAGUUCUCAUAUUCAGGGGGAUAGACCACAGCCUGUGGUCCGAUCUACUGGGCCCCGUCACCCAGGAGCACUUCUGGCAGAUUGGCUUUGAGGAGUUCCUCAUUGGCGGCCGUGCCACCGGCUGGUGCUCCCAGGGCUGCCAGGCCACUGUGGACACAGCAUCUCUGCUCAUGGUCCCUCUGAAGUACCUGAGUGAGCUUCUGCGAGAAGGGGCCCAGGCAGACGAGUAUGGACAGUUUAUGGUGGACUGUAACAACACGAGCCUGCCCACCUUGACCUUCGUCAUCAAUCGUGUGCGGCUCUCCCUGCCAUAUUCCUCGUACGUCUUCAGAGAAAAUGGCAUUUGUGCCAUUAGAGUCUAGGCCACCUACCUGCCCUCUAGCAGCAGCCAGCCCCUGUGGAUCCUCGGGCAUGUCUUCCUCAGGUCCUACUAUUCCAUCUUCAACAUCGGCAACAAGAGGGUGGGCUUCGCCGUCGCUCCCUAGACUGAGUGCCUGGACGCCUGGACUCCCUUCUUCCUCGAGAUUCCCUCACCCUAAGGUUCUCUGUGUGCUUUCUUCUCUGGACUCAACCUUCUUUAUCUGGAGUUUGGAUUUUCUCUCAUAAUAAAUGGUUCUUUUCC